AUGCGUACCUCCCUCCCCAUCCUCGCUCUCACGAGCAGCCUCACUCUCACCAACGCAGCCCGGGCCUACUCAGAGUGGCUCGCCUCCUCCUUCAUCGACCGCCAAACCCCCAUCGACGCAGGCUAUGGCCCCGCCGUCCUCUGGGAAGGCAUCGCCCGUGCCGGCGCCCACAUCUCCCCGACCUCGCCCCUCCUCAAAGCCGCCGAGGCCAAGGUCUCGUCGCUCGUAAGCGCGGACGGCACGCUCGACGGCUGGGACCCGGAGUGGUACUCCCUCGACGACAUCCGCAUCGGCAACAACCUGCUGUACUUCUACCAGCGCUCCGGGGACGCGAAGCUCAAGACCGCGGCGGACGGACUGCGGCAGCAGCUGAACCGCUGGCCGCGCACGCCAAGCGGCGGGUUCUGGCACCGCGCGCCGAUCUACGAGGAUCAGAUGUGGCUGGACGGGAUAUACAUGGCCGACACCUUCUACGCGACGUACGUCAGCCUGUUUGAGAGGGAGAAUGUCACCGCGUGGGAGGAGAUUGCGCUGCAGUUCGACCUGAUUGAGGAGCACUGUCGCAACCACACGAGUAACCUCCUCGUGCACGGGUACGACGAGGCCAGGGACGCGGUGUGGGCGGACCCCGUCACCGGCGCGAGCCCGCUGGUGUGGAACCGCGCGGUGGGAUGGUACUUCAUGGCGCUCAUCGACACGCUGCAGGUGUACCCGACCAACCUGCCGGGGUACGCGCAACUGCUGGGGUACUUCGUCACGUUGGCGGACGGGUUGGAGCGCAGCCAGGACGCCGGGGGCGGGUGGUGGUUGAUUAUGAACGAGGGGUACGAGACGCGUAAGGGAAAUUACAUUGAGGCGAGCGCGACGGCCAUGUUUGCGUAUGGGCUGCUGCGUGGCGUGAGGGAUGGGUUUCUGGAGGAGAAGUAUAAGGCGGUCGGGCUGAAGGCGUAUGAGUUGUUGGUGGAUGAGUUUGUGAGGGAUGACGGGAACGGGACGAUUAGUUUCUUGGGGACGGUGCAGGUCGGGAGUUUGAACUCGAAUGCGAGCUUCGAGUAUUACACGAGCAUCCCGCUCGUUGAGAAUGAUUCGAGAGGAUCUGGGGCGUUUUUAUUUGCUGCUAUCGAGGAGGAGCUUCUCUAG